CAAGCCAAGGGACAAAGUCCUUAGCUUGCAGUUAGGUUCCCUUUCAAUUAGAGGUAAAAGAAAAAUGUGUCAGAGGAUUUGUAUGUUUGAUAGAAUUGUAAGAAAUUAUGGUAAAUGAAACAAAGUAAAUAGAGAGGGAGGGAGUCAUUAAGGAGAGUCAUCCUGUGUGGCGCACGAGGUGGAAUUGGAGGCGUGUGCGCCACUGUCGCCUUCGGAGCGCGCGCAGGAAGGGAGGGCAAUCUUGUCCGGUCACAAAUAAGACCUGGCGGCGAGAGCAAAACGGACAGGAGCCCUCAGUCUCUAUUGGAGACUGCCAACGGAGAAUAACGAAUGGUUUGACACGGAGGUGGCUUCAGUGUAGUCGGUGGAAUGAAGGCAAAGAUUGUGGUUUUGAGAGCUAGCGGACCCGGGAGAGACAUGGAUCUUAAGGGACAUGUGCCAGUUGUUUGUUAUGGAUCAAAGGACGAGAGGUGAUUGGAUACCUGGAAUACACCUGUUACCUUUCACGGACACAAGGGAUGAUACACUUCAGGACAUGCGCGACAGAGUCAGUUUGCAUCAUCUCAUGAAUUAUGUAAACAUGAAAGGAAUUCUGCGCAUUGAAAAAUGACAAUUUCAUUUCUUGACCAAUUACCUUCGAUACCUUCGUUUUUUAAAACAACAAUGGGCAACAGACUACAGAUACGAAUGUGUUUCAAACCAAAAAUAGAGUGCACUAUUUGCCAAUAAACUAAGAAACUUAGUUGACAUAACACAAACAAUUUUUUAUUGCAGUUGAUCAUUGAUAGGUUACAAAACCGUCACCAAUCGACAACAGGAUAUGGACGUGGGGAGUAUCAGUGUCAUCCCAAAAUGCCAGCAGGUGCCCAAGACUGUGAAGUUACACCAAUGACGUUGUCUCCAUGGCAUAGGCGGGCACUGCUCGUCCUGCUGUCGGUGUGCACGUUCACAUCCCUUUUGGUCCAGGGAUGCGGGCCUGGCCGGGGCUACGGCGUCCGUCCCACUCCACGCAGACUAGCUCCUCUAAAGUACAAGCAGUAUGUGCCCCAAAUCUCCGAGAAUAACCUGGGCGCGAGCGGGCGUCCAGAGGGCAAGAUCACACGCGAAUCAGAGCGCUUCAACGAGCUGAUGUGCAACUACAACAUUCACGUCGAUUUCAAAGACGAAGAACACACUCAAGCUGACCGCUUUAUGACCAAGCGCUGUAAGGACUGCCUGGACAGGCUGGCCAUAGCCGUGAUGUUGCAGUGGCCCAAGACGCGGCUGCGCGUGACGGAGGCGUGGGACGAGGACGGGAACCACCCGCCGGACUCGCUGCACUACGAGGGCCGCGCGGUGGACAUCACCACCUCCGACCGCAACACCUCCAAGUACGGCAUGCUGGCCCUGCUGGCCGUGGAGGCCGGCUUCGACUGGGUCCACUACGAGUCCAAGCACCACGUGCACUGCUCUGUCAAAGCUGACCAGUCUGUGGCUCUUGAGCGAGGUGGCUGUUUCCCAGGCUCUGGGAAGGUGACUCUGGAGGGUGGAGAGCAGAUACCCAUGAUGCUCCUGAAGCCUGGAGACAAGGUCCUCUCCCAGACGACGUCAGGCCAAACCGCGUUCAGCCGGGUCCUCUUCUUCCUACAUAAAGACUGUGGUAGCAGGUCUGUGUUCUUAGUGCUGUGCACGGAAAAUGGGCACCGCCUCGCAAUAACACCAAAUCACUUGCUAUUCCGUUCUUCAAACUUUGAACACGACCACAGCAAGUACAUGGCUCAGUUUGCCCGCAGAGUGCAGAGAGGAGACUAUGUCCUUGUGCACAGACCAGGAAGGGGAGUCGGACCCUCCAAGGUCACCUUGGUGACAUGGGAGGAGAGAACGGGGGUCUACGCCCCGCUGACAGAGGAGGGCACUCUGUUUGUGGACGGAGUGCUGGCGUCCAGCUAUGCCACCGUGGAAGACCAUGGGCUGGCACACUGGGCAUUUGGCUGGGUUCGCCUCCUCCACUCUCUGACCCAGUGGACCCAGACACAGGCACAGGCACAGGUGGCCAUCGCCAACCAGACUGGGGCACACGUGUGCAAUGAUGCUCAGCAGAAAUGCCAAACGUGGGGGGAUGCGGCAAUAGGAGCCAAAGGUGUAGGCUGUCAUCAGAACAACAGUUGCCAACCAAACACAGCUUUACUUGUGGACAGCUACGGGCAGACCUGCAACAAGGAAAGGAACAAACAGGGUAAUGUUGUGCACUGGUAUGCCAGACUGCUGCACAACAUCGGGCGACUACUACUGGACUCUAAAUUGUUUUACUUGUAAAAACUUUGUUAUUGUUUUAUCUGUGCUUAAAACGUAUCAACAAACCUAACACUGCUAAUCCCAACACUGACAAGGGAGCCUACACUUGGUCGAGUAUGCAGAUUAUUGUUUCAUAUCCAGAGGUGCACAUACAUGGUGCAUGUGCACAUAAAAAGUGGCCUGCACCAGAAAAAAAGGGAAAAUAAAAGCCGUUGUGCAUACUUACAUGUUUGCUCCAUAGAUUUUUGGUAAAAUGGGACACAAGUGAAUGAAUGAAUUCCUACAUGUGUGUAAGUGUUUGUGAUUGGUGUUCUUAUGCUGACAUGAUGUUGGAAACCUUUAACACUUGCUAAAAUGUGUAUGUCCAUGAGCGUAUCUUCACAAUAGGGUAAAAUACAUACACUUACCCCUUCUCACAGCCCUCUUUUUAUAUUAGUCCAUCUAAAAGUGGGUGAGUCUUUCCAUACCAGCCAGUCCUAUGGAUUUGUUUAGUGUAGGUUAUUGGCUUAUUUGACAGGGGCCAUGUACAGGACAGUCCCUGGGUGCCCAAUUAUGUUCAAAGGCAGGGGAACCACCAGGGGCCACUUCAAAUUAAUCUGAGGGUGGUAAAAGUCCUCCGAGGGCCGUACUAUGAACCCAAACCAGGAUUUCCUCCUGCACUUUAGGCCUAUAUUGAAGGCAGCCACCUUUAAAACAGACCCAACAUUCUCUAGGACCCCUGAAUAUAACUUCAUUCUAUUGCGAAUGCACGUACUUCCUAAGAUUCCAUUACAAAAUAUGUCAUAUUUUAUGUGAAGCUGCAUAACAUUAAAGUUACAUCGGGGGCUGGAUAAAACGGCCUUAAGGACCACAAACGGCCCUCGAGACCUAGGUAGUCUACCAAAAUUCUAUUUUAAUAUUCAUGGUAUGAGAAAAUAUUUUAUACAACCAUCAAAACUUUUAUUUUUGUACUUUUGGAUAAAUGUAUCUGCUUAUUUUUAACUAUUCACACUAUGACCAUGUACUGUAUGUCAACAUUUUUGCCGUUUAAAAUGACAGUUUAUCAUAUAUAUAAUAACUAUUAUUUAAUUUUGUAAGGAAAAAUCAUAAUAUAAAAAAGAUACAACCAGAUAUCUCAUAAUUAAUGUUUGUUUUACAGAUGCCUUUACAGCUUUCCUCUAUUGUAGAUGAUUAUAUAGCCUCAUAAGCCUCCUGGUCUGUCCAAACCGCCUUACAUAAAAACACAAGCCUAUGAUUUGGCCCCAUGGGCAAAGUGCUUUUAGGCUACUGCUUUUCAAGGUUUUUGGCAUGGAUGUGUGGCAGGAUUGGGGAUUUUUUUUGUGUUAAUAUGAAGUAUGAACAACCUAGUUGUUGGCACAUAAAUUUGGCCGGACCAAGGACAGUCAUAUGACCCCCGCCCCCUUACAACACAAACAAUGUAAUGAGGACCCAAUUCUGGGGGGCCCUGUCCCCGGGACAACUGACCUGUUUGCAACCCCCACCCCAGUUGGCUCCUCUGAACACCUACACUACACGUAUGUCCGUGGCUUCCCACACAGAAUUUGACACAGAUGCAAAUCAUCAGCUGAGAUUAGAUUUUGUAAGAUCCCUUGAACCAUUGACUAAGAAAUAGAUCUACUUGGAAAAAUUAGAAAAAAAAUUAACAACUGUCUUUUUGCUCUGAGAUUGAUGUUAAAGUGUAUUAAUAUCAUGGUUGGUGGGUUCAGUUAUUCCCAAUGUGUCUUUUCAGGAGCUUUUCUCUACUCUGAAUUAAUAGAGUUGGGAAUGUGACACCUCCUUGUGGUCAACAGCUAAAACAACAGGUCUUCAGCAUGUAAUAUUGAUUUAUGGUGACAGGCAGCACUGUGCUGAAGUAGCAACAUGUGAGGCCUACGUUGCAGUAUCGGCGUGUGCCAAAGGCAGUGUGCAGCACACAGUUGAGAAAAUGAUUGACAAAAAGGAGAAUUAUGCAAAUGGAAUUUUGUCAAGGAAUCUGUCCUCGAAAAGAAUGUUGCCUUUGUCUCACUUCAUUCCAAUGGUUGAUUGUGUCAAGGUCAUUGCUCCUCUGAUAAAGCUGCUUCACUUUUACCAAGUCCUACAGAGGGAACACUUACCCAAAGCAUUCCAUAAAAUGUCCUUAUUGUUGCACAUGCACAUUCGUAUGACGUGAUGACGUAAAUGCAGGUCAACACAGUGUGACUCUAGGCCUCUUGAUGUUGUACAGAAAGAUCCCUGUCAGGCAAAAAUGUGCUAUUGACCAACAUCGGGUUUUUUUACAUUUCAUGUAAUUCUUACAAAUAAAAAAUAACUUAAAAUGA